AGUGACCUUGGCCUGGGUUCAAGAGCAGGAUCUCUUUCCCUCCUAGACUGAGUGACAGAGGGUUGGCGCCCUGGAAGGGAGGGGAUGGUGCAGCUGUGGGCAGGAUGCUCAUUCUGGAAACUUCCAAGUGGAGGGCCGCUGGAGAAGCCAGGGUGGAAGGGGCCCCGCACACGGUCCCAGCCCCUCCUUGCUCCCCGGCACGGCUGGAGGACCAGGAGAGAGGCAGGAGGGAGCCUGGUGAUGAGUGCCGCCCACACCACUGCGUUCAGAGCCAUAUAAACGGGCGUCCAGAGGCGGGAGGGCCGCUCAGCCCAGGCCCGGGCAGGUUGCUGGCGUGUGGACCUCGGGAGAUGCGCGCAGUGCUGCUGGCCGCCCUGCUGGCUGUGGUCUUGGUGCCCAGCGCCCAGGCCGUGUGGCUGGGGAGGCUGGACCCUCAGCAGGUGGCGGCUCCCCCGCACCGGUGCGGGCCUGGGGCCACACGGGUCCUCGGGCCUUUGUGGUCUCCGGGCUCCCCCGGGGCCCCCCGGACCAUGGGGGCUGCAGGAGGCCGGGCUGGGGGUGGAGGGACGGCCCCUCACCUGCGCCCCCUCCCUCAGCUCAUGGGGUCCUGGUACGUCCUUGCUGUGGCCUCAGGGGAGAAGGACUUCGCGCUGGAAAAGGCCACGAAGAGCGUCGAGGGGGUCGCGGUGAUGCUGGCGUCCCAGAGCACCCUGAAGAUGCGGGCUUCCCGGCACAGCUUGGCAGCGUCUCCGGUCAGCAGGAGAGGACGCUUCUUUGUUCAAGGCCCUCCUGAGCAGCUGCUCAAGGCUGGAGAGAUGCCACCUGCAGGCUGUGGAGCUGCGGAGACAAAAUUCCAGAUGGGUCUUCGGGAAUCCCUCCCUGGGCGUGCUGGAGUACCGGGUGCUGGGCACCAACUUCAGGGACUACGCCAUAGUGUUCACGCAGCUGGAGGCCCAGGAGGAGGCCUUCAGCACCGUGGAGCUGUACAGCCGGACGGCCCUGGCCAGUCGGGAGGCCCUGGGCCGCUUCGCCAAGUGGAGCCGGAGCCUGGGCUUCCUGUCGCAGCAGCAGGCCGAGCUCCAGAGGGACUUCACCUGCGCACACAAGGUCUUCCCGUUCUCAGGCUUCUGGUACGUCCUUGCUGUCGCCUCCGAUGCCCAGGGGAUGCUGCCGCACGGAGGCCAGAGGAAGCUGGGCGCAUCCGUGGUGCAGGUUCAGGAGGUGGGCCAGCUGAAGGUGGUGCUCGCCUUGAACCGGUCCCGGGGGUGCCAGACACACUCGCUAAUCCUGCGGAGAGACAGGAAGAAGCCGGUGUUCAGGAACACCUUGAGGGGCGUGGAGGGCUUCCGCGUGAUGGUCCCCAACUACAGUGCCAGCGUGGUCUACCUGCGCCUGGGCCGGGCCGGCCGGACCACCAGGACCCUGCUGCUCUUCAGCAGACAGCCCACGUGCAGCUUCCUGAGCAUGAAAAAGUUCGUCAACGCGUGUGAGGCCCUGGGGCUCGCCAGCCGGGCGGCCGUGCUCCCAAAAGACGCCUCCUGUGCGCACACCAUCCUGCCGUGAGCCAGCCGCCCACCUGCUCCUCCCCGUGAGGCUCGGCUUGUGGUCCUCCCAGACCCUGGGAGCGAGUUCCAGAUUGCAAGCUUCAUACCCCACUGCUUGUUGAGACGGGUCUGGAGACCCCAGGCCACUGAUGGUGUGGAGCUCGGGCGGGGCUUGGGCCCAGCAGGGUCCUUUAGGGUCCCCCGGGUGGGGGUGGGGGUGCAUGCUGACUGGGGGGGGCACCUGGGGCUGGGUCCUCUGGAUGGCGCGGCAGGCAGCUGCUACCCGCCCUCACCUGCUGGGAAAUAGACGGGGCCAGUCCAGUGUGCCGUGUGCUUUCUCUGCCACCCUCCUCCAUGUUCCGUGACAUCCGACACUUCCCAGGAAGCCGGGGAGAGAGCCCGGGGCAAAGAGGCAGAUGCGACCUCUCGUUGGGAGGCAGAUGCCGACACGGUCACCCGGGUUCAGUCAUGGACCCUGAGGUCUGUGUCCAGAGGUGCCAAGUGCAAACCGUGGCAGGUCGGGGAAGAGGGGUCACGGAGAGUUUCUUGGAGGAUGCGACGUUUGAGCUGAGAAAGUUACGGUGGCACUGGAGCAGGGAGGGCCGUCCCAGAAGAGGAAACAGCCUGAAAACCCCCAGAGCAGCGGAGACCAUGGGGAGGGCGGGUGCAGGGCCACUUGGAAGGGA